CACAAGCGUGUAGGGAGUACUGAGAGGCUGCAAGGGACAGUAAAGAAACCCACCAGAACUGUCUUUGAUUGUGGACCUCUCUUUACAUUAUGCUUGUUCACCAGAGAUUACGUGAGAGAUUCCAGAAAAAACGCAAAUCACUGAUGCCAAAUCUGCCACUCAAAAGUCGGAGGUAAACAAGUUGGAUGAAGCAGAUUCGCACAGUUUGAAGGUUGGAAUACAACUACUUAAAACCUGUGACUGAGGUUGCAGGAAUACUCGAAUUAAUUUAAGGACUGCUUUCUAAGUAAAGCGGACAAUCAUGCAUCUUGUGUUUUGGGCACUGGGGUUUGUACUCCCAGACUUCUUGAAUGUAGCAACAGCGGCAACAGUGAACCCCCAUAUACAUGAAAGACAAGCAAAACUGCUUGAGCAGCAGGGUGUUUUCGAUAUAGUGAUUCCCACAAGAGUGAAUGAAGUUGGUGAAGCAUUCCCCUCUAGCAUGCACUUCAAAAGGAAAAAGCGAAGCAUUGAUAAUUCGGGCAGUGGCGCUGACCUCUGGCACUCUUCACAAAUUCACUACAGAAUUUUGGCUUUUGGGCAGGAUUUUCACCUGAACCUUACCGCAGAUUCGGGAUUUAUUGCACCUCUUUACACGGUCACGCAACUUGGAGUACCUCGCAGCAAUAACCAAACUGAUCUUUCCAAUGAAGAGGACACUGAUUUUAAGCACUGUUUUUACACUGGAUAUGUCAAUGCAAAGCCAGAACACACUGCCGUUAUUAGCCUCUGCUCAGGUUUGUUUGGCACUUUCAGGUCUCCAGAAGGGGAGUUUUUUGUAGAACCUCUCCAAAAUCACCAAGGCAAAGACUAUGAUGAAGAACACAACAAGCCUCAUGUGGUCUACAGAAAAGAUACACCCAACAAAGACCUAACCUGUGACACUUCAGAACACAAACAUAGACACCAAAGAAAUAACAGAACAUUGAAAAAAGGGCACCCAAGUAGUAUAUUUUCUGAUUUGGAAACUUUAAGAACUGGUAUUGCUGCAAAUCACCUUUCUACAACAUCCAAGCAACCAAAUGGGAAUGACAGUAGUCAAUAUGGACCACACAGGAGAGCAAAGCGUUUUUUAUCAUACCCACGUUUUGUUGAAGUCAUGGUGGUUGCAGACAGCAAAAUGGUGGAGCAUCAUGGGAAUAACCUGCAGCACUACAUCUUAACAUUAAUGUCUGUUGUGGCAUCUAUUUAUAAGGAUCCCAGCAUUGGAAAUCUAAUUAAUAUUGUUAUUGUAAAGUUAGUAAUAAUAAAUAUUGAACAGGAAGGUCCUGCAAUAUCAUUUAAUGCCCAGACCACCUUAAAGAACUUCUGCAUAUGGCAACAAACUCAGAAUCACCUUGAAGAGACUCAUCAUGCCCAUCAUGAUACAGCUGUAUUAAUUACAAGACAAGAUAUUUGCAGAGCCCGUGACAAAUGUGAUACAUUAGGUUUGGCUGAGUUGGGUACAGUCUGUGAUCCAUAUAGAAGUUGUUCCAUCAGUGAAGAUAAUGGACUAAGCACAGCUUUUACAGUAGCGCAUGAACUUGGUCAUGUGUUUAACAUGCCUCACGAUGAUAACAACAAAUGCAAAGAAGAAGGGGUGAAAAACCAGCAACAUGUAAUGGCACCAACAUUAAACUAUUACACCAAUCCAUGGAUGUGGUCAAAAUGUAGCAGAAAAUACAUUACCGAGUUUCUCGAUACAGGGUAUGGAGAAUGCUUGCUUGAUGAGCCUAUAUCUAAACCAUACACUCUGCCUCAACAACUUCCCGGUCGCAUUUAUAGUGUUAAUAAACAAUGUGAACUUAUUUUUGGACCUGGAACUCAGGUGUGCCCGUAUAUGACACAAUGCAGGCGACUUUGGUGCUCAAGCCCAGAAGGAGCUCAGAAGGGUUGUCGUACUCAACACAUGCCCUGGGCUGAUGGAACCGAAUGUGCACCUGGAAAACAUUGCAAGCAUGGCCUGUGUGUUGCUAGGGAGAAUGAAGCUACACCAGUUGAUGGAGCAUGGGGAGUCUGGAGUCCUUUUGGAACGUGCUCCAGGACCUGUGGGGGUGGUAUCAAAAUUGCAGCGAGAGAGUGCAACAGACCUGUACCGAAAAAUGGUGGAAAAUACUGCCUCGGUCGAAGGAUGAAGUUUCGGUCUUGCAACUCUGACCCUUGUUCCAAGUUAAAGAAAGACUUCCGAGAGGAGCAGUGUGAAGCAUUCGAUGGAAAGCAUUUCAACAUUAAUGGUCUACCUCCAAAUGUACGCUGGGUUCCCAAGUACAGCGGACUUUUAAUGAAAGACCGCUGCAAACUCUUUUGCAGAGUUGCUGGGAGCACAGCCUAUUAUCAGCUCAGGGACAGAGUUAUUGACGGUACUCCAUGUGGACCUGAUACUAAUGAUAUCUGCGUACAGGGUCUUUGUCGGCAAGCUGGAUGCGACCAUGUGCUAAACUCAAAAGCAAGAAGAGAUAAAUGUGGUGUGUGCGGUGGUGAUAAUUCUUCUUGUAAAACAGUGUCAGGCACAUUUAAUACAGUUAAUUACGGAUAUAACAUGGUUGUACGUAUUCCAAGUGGUGCUACCAGUGUUGAUGUGCGCCAGCACAGCUACUCAGGAAAACCAGAAGAUGACAACUACCUCGCUUUUUCCAACAGCCGUGGAGAAUUUCUUCUAAACGGAGAGUUUGUUGUUAGCAUGUUUAAAAGGGAAGUUAAAGUAGGAAACACUGUAAUAGAAUACAGCGGUUCCGACCACGAAAUAGAACGAAUCAACUGCACGGAUCGCAUUGACGAAGAAAUUACAAUUCAGGUUUUAUCAGUGGGAAAUUUAUACAACCCUGAUGUACGAUACUCGUUCAAUAUUCCCAUUGAGGACAAAUCGCAGAAGUUCUUCUGGGAUCCAUAUGGUCCUUGGCAAGAGUGCAGCAAGCGUUGCCAAGGUGAACGCAAAAGAAGACCUCUUUGUAGCAGAGAGUCUGAUCAUGUCGUAGUUUCUGAUCAAAGAUGUUUAGGGUCUCUCCACCCCCCUCUGGUAACUGAACCUUGUAACACAGAAUGUGAAAUCAGGUGGCACAUAGCAAGGAAAAGUGAGUGCACAGCUCAGUGUGGACCUGGUUAUAGGACUCGAGAAAUCUACUGUGUAAAGCACAGCCAGUCAGAAGAGAAAACAGAAAAGGUAGAUGACCGAUACUGUAGUAAUCAACGCAAGCCAGAUGAAAUGGAAGCAUGCCAGGGGGAAUGUAACAUAGGAGGCUGGCGGUAUUCUUCUUGGACAGAAUGCUCCAAAAGCUGUGGUGGGGGUACCAGAAGAAGGGGUGCCGUGUGUGUUAGUUCUCUGGGGUCAGUCCUUGAUGAAAGCAAGUGCAGUCAGCAGAAUAAGCUUGUCAAUCAGAAGUGCAAUGAAUUUGUGUGCCCACAGUGGAAAACAGGUGACUGGUCAGAAUGUCUUGUGACCUGUGGGAAAGGGUACAAACAUCGGCAGACCUGGUGUCAGUUUGGAGAGGACAGGUUAGAUGACCGAUUGUGCGACUCUUCAUCUAAACCAGUAUCCAUGCAAACCUGUCAACAACAGGAGUGCGCAGCGUGGCAGGUUGGACCGUGGGGGCAGUGCACAACCACAUGUGGCCAGGGCUUCCAAAUGAGAGCAGUUAAAUGUGUUGUAGGAUCAUAUGGGUCUGUCAUGGAUGACACUGAAUGCAAUGCAGCUACAAGACCAACGGAUACUCAGGACUGUGAAAUGACUGUGUGUCCCGCUGCACAACCAGCUGUUCCAGAAUCAAAACCACCACAUGAGGGCCACAGAACUCAGUGGAGAUACGGAUCCUGGACCCCAUGCACUGCCACAUGUGGGAAAGGCACCAGACUGCGAUAUGUCAGCUGCAGGGACAAUCUAGGUGGAGUAGCUGAGGAUUCUGCUUGUUCCCAUCUUCCCAGGCCCCCUGCCAGAGAGGCGUGCUCUGUUUCAUCUUGUGGACAGUGGAAGACUCUUGAAUGGACCUUGUGCUCUGUGAGCUGUGGACAGGGGAAGACGACAAGGCAAGUCGUCUGUGUGAAUUUCAGUGAUCAGGUUGUUGACGUGAGCGAGUGCGACCCAGAUGAUCGUCCAGCAUCCGAACAGGAAUGCGCCAUGUCUCAGUGUCCCUCUCAAUCUGACCAGGGGAGAUUACCCACUCAUCAACCGCCGGGCCAUGCCUAUCCCCAAGGAGCCCACCAAUGGAGAAUAGGACCUUGGGGAGCAUGUUCCAGUACUUGUGCUGGAGGAUUCCAGCGGCGUGCUGUUGUGUGUCAAGAUGAAAACGGCUAUGCAGUGAGUUACUGUGAUGACAGGACCAAGCCAGUGGAGCAGCGAUCAUGUGAAUCUGGUCCCUGCCCUCAGUGGGUCUAUGGUAACUGGGGAGAGUGUACAAAGUCAUGUGGUGGCGGAAUCAAGACCAGACUGGUUGUGUGUCAGAGGCCCAAUGGGGAGCGAUUUAAUGAUCUGAGCUGUGAAAUACUUGACAAACCUCCAGACCGUGAGCAGUGCACAUCUCAGGCUUGUCCUCCAGGUGCAGGCUGGAACACCAGUCCUUGGAGUUCGUGUUCAGUUUCUUGUGGGAAAGGACACAAGCACCGCACUGUUUCCUGUAUGACCAAAGAAGGCAAACGAAUGGAAGAUGAGGGUUGUAAACAUCUUCCCAAACCGAACGUGCGAAGAAAAUGCAGAGGGGGAAGGUGUCCAAAAUGGAAAACGGGAAACUGGGGACAGUGCUCAUUAACGUGUGGGAGAGGUACGCAGCAGCGAGAGGUAUCCUGUCAGAUUGGAAACCAAAAGACGUCAGCAGGAGAGACUAAGUGCACCCAGUCGGCCAGACCCCCAUCCAUCCAGCCUUGUCAGGCAAUGGAGUGUCCUGCGGUUUACAGCUGGAAAGCAGAGGAGUGGCAAGAAUGCUCUAAAACAUGCGGCUCUGGAACCAGAUAUCGCAAGGUGGUCUGCCAUGAUCACGGUAAGAAAGAAGUGAAUGAGAUGUACUGCAAUACCAACAAGAGACCUGCUGCCAUAGAGAGCUGCAAUACACACCCGUGUGACUUUAUCUGGAUUACAGGCGCGUGGUCGGAGUGUUCGGUCAGUUGUGGCCAAGGAUACCAGAGAAGACUUGUUUCUUGCAGUGAAGUUUACAGUGCUAAGGACCAAUAUGAAUAUGGGUAUCAAGCCAUGUCCAAUUGCCCUGGUACUCCACCAACCAGCAUUCAAGCCUGUAGCCCUGGGGAGUGCCCUGCACCAGAAUCCUGGAGAGUAGGAAACUGGGGGCUUUGCUCAGCAACCUGUGGAGAAGGUGUGAUGCAGAGGACAGUCCAGUGUUUAAAAGCCGAUGAUCAAACCAGCAAUCACUGUCAGCUUAGCACUCGACCAGAGGAAAUCAGAGUGUGUCAAAACCAUGACUGUGAAUUACCAAAGAGCUGCAGCGAUAUACAAAGACUAAAAGGUUUUCUUGAAGAUGGUGAACACUUGCUGAAUAUUCAAGGAAAAGCUGUGAAGAUUUAUUGUGCUGGAAUGCAGACAGAAAGUCCAAGAGAGUAUGUAACGCUUGUGAACGGUGAUGCUGAAAAUUUCUCUGAAGUAUUUGGCUUUAGACUCAACAGUCCCACUGAGUGCCCCUACAAUGGAAGCAGGAGGGAGGACUGUAACUGCAGAAGAGACUACACUGCAGCCGGAUUCUCCUCCUUCAGCAAAGUAAGGAUGGACCUCCACAAAAUGCAAAUAAUAACCACAGACUGGCAGUUUGCACAUACCAGGGAAGGUCACCAUGUUCCUUUUGCAACAGCUGGAGACUGCUACAGCGCUGCCAGGUGUCCUCAGGGUCGUUUCAGUAUCAACCUGUCUGGCACAGGGCUUCAGGUGGCUGAAGAAACUAAAUGGAUUUCUCAAGGGAAUUACGCCGUGGCUGAUAUACACAAAUCAGCGGAUGGCAGCAGAGUGACAGGGAAGUGUGGAGGAUACUGUGGGAAAUGCACUCCCUUUUCUGGAACAGGCUUCCGUGUUGCAGCAAAAGGAGCUUUUUAAGUUCUGAUCUUCGGGAGGUGCUGAGGCAAAAUGAAGAUAAAAAUAUAUUACCUCUGGUGCCUGCAAUGUGUAAAUAUUACAACCUUUCUUCUAGUUUUAACUCAGAGAGCUGGUUGUGUGAAGAGCUCUAAAUACUGGCCUUGUAUUCCUGUGAUGUAAAUACAGCACUUUGAUUGGUCUGUGAUGAUGACAUAACUUAUAAACUACAAUAAAGGACAGAAGAAAGAUGGCGGAAAAACACGUACCUUGUGCUUCAUUGUGGAGAGCCCUGACAACCACAUUGACCUCCAAGGCAUCGAAACUUAAAACAAAAAGAGUUGUAGACCAUUAAAAAAGAAAGAUGACCAUGAGACUGAAAGAGAUGAACGAAACUCAUGAAGGCUAAAGUGCUUGGAGCCUGGACAGCAGAGAGAGAGGUGUGACGCAAUGCCUUGGAAGAUGAAAAGUUGACACUGCAGGGAGAUCAGAGCCAGUCGUCUGUCUGGGCAUGAAAAGAGGAACAGCCAAUGGAUUUAAUUAAGAAGCUUUUCUCAUCAAUUACCCUUUGGCUGUAGGAGAGAUGUCAUGGGUAACUUGAUAAAGUAGAAGUAAGAAGAAAAAGUUACUUAUGCACUCUGAUACUUAAGAUUAGGAAAGGAGCAGGCAUGUUGAUAGAAAAACAAGUGCAAAAUUAAGUAGUUGAGUAAUCUGGUCUUCCCCCUGACAGCUUUUGAUUGAGCCUGUCGGAGGUCUUGUCGACGGGGCAGCCUCUGUCUUGUGGUGCUAUUAAACAUUUUCAUGUUUGAUAUUUUUUAGAUUGUUUUAUUUUUAAGGUUCAACGGUAACUACUGCAUAUUCUUCUCUUAUUAUUGUUAACAGUAGUACAUUUGUAUUUAUUAGCACGUUUAGUUUUUGUUAAAGAAAAAUCAAGUUCAUAUUUCUUUAUUAACCCAUGUCAUAAGUAUUGUAAUGUUAGCAUGGAUGGUAGGACUAUCAAAGCAGAGGUGGACUGACAAAGUUUUAUAACAACGAAUUAAAGUAUGCCUUUGCUGCAAAAGCCCUUGAGUGAUAAGUCUUAGAAGAUAGCUCUAACAUCAGUCAGAAUUUUACUGAAGCUGAAAAAUCCGCUUCGCAAUGUGAAUGCUAAACUAUGUACCUGUAACAAUGCUGUCAUCCUGGUGUUUUUAUAUUGAAAUAUAUCUGUUUUUUUUGUUUGUUUUGUUUUAUAGAAAAAGGGAAUCCCCAGAAAUACACUGCAAGCAUUUACUUGUGCAUUAUUUCAAGACACAGUUUUGUGUAUUCAUAUUUCUAAUUCCUGAAGGCAAGGUUAACAAUAUUAGCAACCUUUCCAAGCCUUUGUAAACUUUAAGCCAUGAUUGUUACAAAAAGAUUUUUGAAAAUGCAAUUGAUAACUUGUUUUAUACUCAAAGUAGGAUUAAUUGAAAAACAACAUUUUUUAAACAAUGCAUUUACGUACUGUGUCUAAUUUACCUCAGUUGUCUAUAUCACAUGGCAUCUAGUUUCAAUAAACCUGUUAACCGACAAUCAGGGCAACAAUCGACCCACUUCAGGUAGCUAUGUUUGUGAAUUAUAAUUUCUGUAAAGUCUUCCAAUGUAUUUUGUUUUACUUUGCCAUCAGCAUGGAUAUAACAUGAACUGUAUAUGACAAUUAACUAGUUUAUUCAUUCUUGUUAGAAAAAGGGAAAUUGAAAAGCAGUGGCUGUCUGUGUUUUACAACCUUUUAUGUUUUUUAUGGGUAAAAUUGUUUUUUUCUUAAAAAGCAGUAUCUAAACUAUGGUGCCUUUGUUGCACUUAAUGAUUUUAUCCUAUCACUUCAAAAUAAGGGAAUCGAUUUUAUUGUUCAGAUUUCUGCUAAAUUUAAAGUGUAGCGGAUGCAUUUUACUGUAAAUAAUGUUGUAUAUAAAUUAUCAUGUGUAACUAUGUACAGAAAAAGGAAGAGUUUUACCUCUAUACUGGGCACUGUGUUAUAGGAAUCCUAAUAUUAACAUAUACAGUAUUUUCAAUCUGUUGAUUCAGUUUCAUUGUGUUGUAAUAUAUCAGUGCCACCUGUAUGAUCAAAUUUACAUGAUUACCCAUAUCAGAGCCAUGGUUUAUAUAUUAAUGGAAAUACAUUGUGUUUACUCUUAAAAGGAAACACAUGUAGUUGCUUCAGAACCUGUAGGUUUGGAAGUGUAUUAAUCAUGUUUAUGAUUUCUGUAUUUAAGCACACAUGUUAACCCUAAAUUAAUUCUGAGAUGUGUUACAUUUUUAAGUUAUUGGUUUGUAAACUUUUUUUUGCCUGAUCUCUGUUUGUUAAACUAUGCACUGAAAGCUCUUUUGAUGACUAAUCACUGCUUAUCAAAUAAAUUAUUUUGAUA